CUCCGGAAUGCGUGCUGGGGUGUUCUCAAGUGAGCAGCCUUGAUUUGACGGGGUGGUGGAAGAGCAUCUGAGGCUGCAGAGACCGCGAGGAGAAUGGCGGCAAGUCGGGAGCAGAGGAGCAGGAUCCGGUGGCGGCAAGUACUCUUUCUCUUCCUGCUGCCGUUGUUCUGCGCGGCGCUCUCGGAGCAGAUCCGCUACUCUAUUUCCGAAGAAAUGGCCAGAGGCUCGGUGGUGGGGAACCUCCCUGAGGAUCUGGGGCUGCCAGUACGGGAUUUAUUGGCCCGAAACCUCAGAGUCAGUGCGGAGAAACAAUACUUUACCGUGGACGUAGAGAAUGGGAACAUCCUUGUCAGUGAUAGAAUAGAUCGGGAGUCGCUCUGUCCUCAGGAACCUCUGUGUGUCCUGCCCUUAGAAAUUGUAGCGGAUAAUCCCCUAAAUGUUUUUCACAUAAACGUGGUAAUAGAAGAUAUAAAUGACAACCAACCACACUUUCCUCGAGAUAGCACUGUUUUACAAAUCAACGAAUUAGCAAUUCGGGGCUCACGGUUUGGCCUGGAAUCUGCUAUAGAUGCAGAUGUAGGACACAACUCUCUACAGAGUUACCAGCUCACUGCUAAUGAGCAUUUCUCUCUGGUGGUGAAAGACAAGACUAAAGGCAAGAACACCCCAGAACUGGUGUUGGAGAAGCCCCUGGACCGGGAGCAGCAGAGUUCCCAUCUCCUGAUCCUAACAGCCUUGGAUGGGGGCCACCCAGUCCGAACGGGCACCGCCCAAAUCCGGAUUGAAGUCUUGGACGCCAACGAUAACCCCCCAGUGUUCAGUCAGGACGAAUACAGAGCCUGCAUUCCUGAAGGUGUGCCCCCAGGCACCUCUGUGCUCAAAGUGACCGCCACCGACAGGGACAAGGGCAUCAACGCUGAGAUUACCUACUCUUUUAAAACGCUACGAGAAGAUAUCGGAAAUACGUUUAUCCUAGACCCUCGAAGUGGAGAAAUCAAAUCCAAAGAGCUCCUAGACUUCGAGAUCAGAAGUAGCUAUACCAUGAGCAUAGAAGCGAAGGACGGUGGAGGCAUGACCACCGAAUGUAAAGUGACCGUAGACAUUCUAGAUGAGAACGACAACGCUCCGGACGUGGUGUUCACUUCUGUAGUCAGUUCCAUUCGAGAGGAUGCAGAACCUGGGACGGUGAUAGCUCUGUUCAAAACGCAUGAUAAAGAUUCUGGGGGAAAUGGGGAAAUAGUUUGCCUCCUGAAAGAAGACGUUCCUUUUAGAAUAGAAUCUUCUGCCAGUAAUUACUACAAACUUGUAACAGAAGGGGCCCUAGACCGAGAGCAGACACCAGUUUACAACAUCACCAUCACAGCCACUGACAGAGGCCAGCCGCCCCUCUCCUCCAGCACAAGCGUCACCCUGCACGUCUCGGACGUCAACGACAACUCCCCAGUGUUCACCCAGACUUCCUACGUGGUCCACGUGGCUGAGAAUAACCCUCCCGGCGCCUCCAUAGCACAGGUCAGCGCCUCCGAUCCAGACUUGGGGCCCAACGGCCGCGUCUCCUACUCCAUCGUAGCCAGCGACCUGGACCCGCGGGCGCUGUCGUCCUACGUGUCCGUGAGCGCGCACAGCGGGGUGGUGUUCGCGCAGCGCGCCUUCGACCACGAGCAGCUGCGCGCCUUCCAGCUGACGCUGCAGGCGCGUGACCAGGGCUCGCCCGCGCUCAGCGCCAACGUCAGCCUGCGCGUGCUGGUGGGCGACCGCAAAGACAACGCGCCCAGAGUGCUGUACCCCGCGCUGGAACCUGAUGGCUCCGCUCUCUUCGACAUGGUGCCGCGCGCCGCGCAGCCUGGCUACCUGGUCACCAAGGUGGUGGCGGUGGACGCAGACUCAGGACACAAUGCCUGGCUGUCCUACCACGUGCUGCAGGCCAGCGAGCCCGGGCUCUUCAGCGUGGGGCUGCACACGGGCGAAGUGCGCACAGCGCGGGCCCUGCAGGACAGGGAUGCGCUCAAGCAGAGCCUCGUGGUGGCAGUCCAGGACCACGGCCAGCCUCCUCUUUCGGCCACCAUCACGCUCACGGUGGCCGUAGCCGACAGCGUCCCCGACGUUCUGGCCGACCUGACCUGGAGUCUGGAGUCUCCCCCCAAUCCAGAGGACUCUGGCCUCACGUUGUUGGUGGUGGUUGUGGCUGCAGUCUCCUGCGUCUUCCGCUUUGUCGUUGUGCUAAUGGCGCUCAGGCUGAGGCGCUGGCACACAUCACGCAUGGGGCAGGCUUUUGCAGGAGGAUUGACGAGAGUGCCUGAGUCCCACUUUGUGGGCGUCGAUGGGGUCCAGGCCUUUCUACAGACCUAUUCCCAUGAGGUCUUUUUCACAGCCGUCUUGAACUUUCCACAGCCAAACUAUGCAGACACACUCAUCAGCCAAGAGAGCUGGGAGAAGAGUGAGCCUCUUUUGCUGUCAGGUGAUUCAGUGUUUUCUAAAGACAAUGCGUUAAUUCAGGGACAAGUCAUUGAGAGGUAA